AUGAACAACGAUGAUCGCCAACAUUUGAUGAGUCAUUUCCAGAAACUUGUUUACUCAGAGACAGAGAAAGAAUUUCUUUCAGCAGCAAAAACUGCACUAAAUGAUAAGUUUAAUGUCAAGUAUCCCAUCUCUCACGAAUACCUAAAAAGGUUGUUAAAGCAACACCGAGAAUGGGCCCCCUGUUGUAGAAGAAACCUAUUAACCAGGGAAAAUAACACAGAUAACUACACUGAAUCAAUGAUUAACAUAUUUAAGAGCGUGAUUCUUCAUCGCAUGAGAGCAUACAACUUGAUUGAGCUCUUUAAGUUUAUUACAGAAGACCUAGAAAUGCAUUUUCAAAGGAAACUGCACGCCUUGCUUUUGGCAAAACACAGAAUCUCCAUCUGGCUCCAAGGUGCUUUGGUGCAACAGGCCUAACCGUACAGCUCAGCAUGAUCAGGCAAAACAGUUCUGACCCUUGCAAAUUCCUUGUUCCCAGCAGAUCUGAUUCAGGAGUCACCUAUGAGGUCAACUGCCAAACUGGUAUCUGUUCUUGCCCCAUGGGGAGCAAUAGCAAGCCCUGUGCACAUCAAGCUGCUGUUGCCCUAAAAUAUGGAAUUGCAGGGAUUAACUUCAUUCCACAGAAACCCGAGGAAGGAUUUAACCUUGCAAAACUUGCAAUUGGAAACCAUCAGGAACUCCAGCUACAAAAAUUUGUCCACCUGCAUGAAAGGCCAUCCAUCGACAUGCGUGUAGACAGCAAUGACCAUGUUGUACCCAUGGCCACAGACACAUUGUCAGAGGCUACUCCAGGAGAUGACUCUUGUGGCAGCCCAUCACCGAAGAAAGAAGUGGAAUUGAAAGACAUACUCAAACCGCACAAACAAGUAAGUGAUGACAUUGAAUUGAAGCUAAAAACAACUGACAACAACUUCAGGGCCUGCUAUAUGAAAUAUCUGGAAGUGUAUAGAAAAAUAAUUUCAAAAGCAAGAGGUCACGCUCCAGUCGCAGCACUUGCAACAGCAUUUGUGAAUUUUGGGAAAGAUCAAAAUGGGCUAACCCUACCUAUUCUUCAC